GUGGGGCCGCCACCGGCAAGGCCAGCAGCGGGGCCAGCAGCGGAGCCAGCGGCGGACCGCGCGGAGCCGCCGCGCUCCGAGGAAGAGGACGAGGAGGACUGCGGCAGCUACUCCUACGAGACGGACGAGGAGGUCGAAUCAGCGGGCGCGCAGGCAGCCACGGCACCGACUGCCCCUCCAGCGACGCUGAGCACAGCAGCGCCUCGGGCGACCGAGCCGGGCGCAGCAGCGGCGGCAGCGGCAGCGGCGGCAGCUGCCGAGCCGGGCGGCGGCGGCGACGCCCGCCGCGCGACACCCGCCACCGCGGACCCGCUGGCACCGGCCCCGGAGGCCCCGGGGCGACGGACGCGGCAGGCCCAGCCCGGCCCGCGGGCGACGGCGCCGAGCCCGCCCGGCCCUGCGGCGCUGGCAGCGGCCUGCCCGGCAGGCCCAGCGGCGACGGAGCAGGGCGGGACGCCAAGCGCGGAGCUGGUGACCCUGGCGCUUCAGCGGGCGGGGCUCCAGGGGCCUGCGGGCUUCGUGGUAACGAGCCUCACGGAGGGCCAGCUCCUCAUCCGCUGGCGCGGGCCGGGGGAGGCCAAGGAGGAGUACGACGCGCUGGACGAGCCCGCCCUGCUGCUCGAGCGGGCAGCCACGCCGCCGCCGGCGACCCGGCGGACGGCGCUGCACACGCCGGACCGCGCCUGGGCCGACGCCGUCGACGGAGUCGAUGGCGGCCUCGCGGUAGACACGCCGCCGCGCGCGGGCGGCGCCGCUGCGGCAGGCCGCGCGACCGCGCGAGGCAGGGACGCCAGCAGCGACGGGGAGACCGGUGCGGGAGCUCGGCGCCGCGCCGCCGCCGGCGCGGGCGCGGCCGCUGCGGCGGCCGGGGCGGCGGGCGGGUCUGCGCGGGCGGCGGAACGGCCCGCGGGGCCAGCUGGCGCCGGCGGUGGCCUGGCUGCCGGAGGCGCGGCGGCCCGCGGGGCCACCGCGGCGGGCGCGCCCGGCAGCGACGGUACUCCGGCUGCCGGCGGGGGCGCCCCGGACGCCACCGCCGCACGCGCCGCACGCCUCUGGGCAGAGGCUGGCUUGGCCAACCCCACGCGCGCGGACCAGGCGGCCGGACUGCGAGCGCGCGCGGACGCGUGGCGCAAGGUCCUGGGAGCAGCGCAGGGGGCGGCGCUCCUGCUCGACGCGACCGCGGAAGACCCGGCCGCCCUUGGACCGGCGGCGCUGCUCGCCUUCGGCGAGGCGGCACGCGCCUUCUAG